GAUAAAUUUUGCAAGGAAAAGCUGGGGUCUGGGUUGUGUGAGCUAAAUAAUGGCGUAUUUUUGGCUUAAAUAAUCCAUGUUUCUCACAGUUAAUGCAAAAAAUGCUGGGACAAAUUUGAACGUUAGAAUUUUUGCUUUUGAAUGCGCUAAUGCUCAAGGACGAUCGCGCGCGCAUAAAAGAAAAUUAAAGCUUGGAAAAUAAGCAAUAUUAUCCGGGAGAAUUUGAUUUUACAAUCCAGAAACGCCUCAAGUUCACACAAACCCUUUGACCUUGCUUUUUAUAAUGACUCUCUGCUCACGAAAUGUUGAUGUAUAGCUUGAAAUAAACACUUUCUACACGCCUACGAAAUUGUUAUGAACUUAGAAUACAGAAACAAUUUUCAUGUGAUGUUACUUUGUAAAGACAAUGGAUAAUGGUGAUUCUCUACUUGAUGUCAUAGAUGAUACAAGUGAUUUUUUUGGAAGUCAAAAUGAUAACCAUGCAUCUUUGUUUAACUGGGCAGAUGAGUUUCUUGGCGAUGAGGCGGAUAUAUCGUCAAAUACAGUUGCUUUGGAGUCGGGUAACCUAGCAACCAAUGUUAACCAAUCCAACAUACUUGUAACCGCCCAGAAUUAUGCUGUCACUUCAUCCGUACCUACACAGAAUAUAACACUAUCCACCUCUCCAUUUCUGUCUAAGUCACCUGCUGUAGUCGGCCAUCAGCAACCGGCGGUUGUUGCACAGACUGUCAUCAAUCCUUCUCAGACACCCGGUGUGACAACACAGAUUGUACAGCAAGGUAAUCAGCAUUUCCUUGUUACAACUCCGUCCGGUAAUCAGAUCACUGUCAACCGUCAGGCUCAAUUUCAGCAACAAGUCAUUCAGCCACAACAGAACAUUGUGACCAAUUCUUCAUUCAGUCAAAUCCUUGCCCAGCAAAGUCCCUCACCAUCUCAAACUGCUACUGUUAUGAGCAGAUCUCUGACCCCAAAUUCUGCUGGGUUGUCAUAUGGAGGUACUAUAGUCUCACAAACUCAGACAAUGACUCAGAUGAGAUCUAGCCCAGCACCUAAUGUUAACCUUGUCCAUCUUCCACCAAAUGUCCAGACUCAGCAACAGGCACAGGCUCCGCAGCAGCAACAGCAGUUCCAGAUUGCCCCAGGAACCAUUCUGCAGAUACCUACUGGAACAGGUGGAGCAGGUCAGAAUCUCGUGAAUACAACAUUGUUUCAACAAGGUCAACAGACGCUGCUAGGGAACACUCAGCAAGGCACGUUAGUUAAUGCACAGAAUACAGUUAUACAAAAUCCAAAUGUUGUGAAUGUCAACGUAGCAGCUCCUCAUUUACUGUGUAAUAAUCCAGGUCAACAGCAGAGAGCAAGUCUUGGCUUGUCAAACAUUCAAACAGCAACUAGUCCAUUUAACAUUCAAGGGACAUUGAUUCAGACUGCUGAAGGAAAAAGUAUUUUGAUUCCUAGUCAAAAUUUAGCUCAGCCAAUCAAUAUCCAGGGAUUGUCUGUAGCCACACCCAUUGCUCAGCCACAGAUUCAGCAAACUGCUCAGAAUUCUGUGUCAAAUAUGCUUCAUUUACAACCUCAACAACAUUCUGCUAUUGGAGUAGACAAUAGAACUAAUCAAGGUUUACAGCAGAUAGUGCUAAAUCAUCAGGGUCAACAAAUAUUGGUGCAACGUGCUCAGACCUCUAGUGGUCAGCCACAGAAUAUUAUAGUUCGUACAGCAGGUGGACAGUCUGGUAUUAUUCAGUUACCACAGAGACAAGCUCCGGCUGCACAGGUUCAAAGUGCUCAACAAACAUUACAGGCAUUAGCAGCUGGGAGCGGCGGUCAGUUGAAAAUAGUAAAUCAAGGUACACCUCAGACAGGCCUUCCUGUAUUCAAUAUAGGUGGUCAAAAUGUUACUCUUCAGCAAUUGUCUAAUCAACUUGGUAAUGUACAGGGUCUUCAACUUCAGCAGACGACACCACAGGUGCAACAACAACAACAACAUUUCCAGCAGAGGCAACAACAACAACUCCAACUACAGACACAGCAGCCGGAUCAACUUAGCUUUCAGACUCCGCAAAGUCAGGCUACUUCUUUUCCUCAAGGUCAAUUUAAUGUUCAGCAGCAAGGUCAAGGUCAUCUAAUCUCUCAGCAGACGGCUAUCACAAGUCAAGGUCAGUUAAAUCAAGCACAAGUGAAUACUUCUGUAAAUAGUGUUGAGAAUCAGACUCGUUUAAUCCUACAACAAAUUCAUGACAGUUUAAAGAAAUCUCAAGCAAGUGCUGUUAGUUCUGUAACUGCCACAGUUUCAAAUAUCCAAGCAAUUCAAAACAAAAAUUCCAUGAAUAUUAAGCAGGAAUUUCAAACUAGUUGUUCAUCAUCAUCAUUACCAUCAUCAGUAUCCAGUAAUCAAAAUAAUUCAGCAAGUAAGUCAUUUAUGUCCCCUGUUGUAGUAAAAACAGAAAGAAAUUUAAUAGAAACUUUGAUCAAACAAGAAAACAAUCCACGCUCAAAUUUAACAAUGCCUGUGUCCAGUGUGCAUGAUUUAUUAAGUAAUACACAAUCUACUCCAGUGACAACAACUGUCUCACAAGCUUCAACUUCGAUGUCCAUGUUUGUUUUGUCCAAUAGUCAAAACGUGCCUAGUAACACAUCCACAACUUCUACAGCAGCGAUUAAUCAGUCUGUACCAUUUGGCAACUAUGUGUCGGAUAGUUCUGGUAGUAUGCAAGAUUUAAACACUAGUGCAAUAAGCUCUGUUGCUGUGAGUUCGCAGCAGACCGGUCAGCAAGGUGCAGCAACCCUACAGACAAUCCAUCUACCACCUGACCUCCAGCAGCAAUUCCAGCGAAUACAGUUAGAAAUCCGGAAACUCCAAACAGCUACCAAUAUUACAGCAGAGCAGAGACAAGAUAGGCUUCAGAGGUUACAAUUAUACCAGAAAAAGAUUCUUUUGAAAGGGCGUGUUUUAGCCACUACCAAAGCAGAACCCAAUCAGAUUAAACAAGGGUUAACAAACCUUACCCAAAGCACUGGACCAAUAUCUAGUUUAUCAUCAUCAUCAUCAGAUAAUGUAUCUGCAAGUAUUAGUUCAUCAAUUGCUCAACUACAGUCCUCAUUACAGCCUAGUUCAACAACAUCUAGUCUAGAUCAGCAAUCAACUACUGGACAGUUCAGUCAAGAAGCAAAUGCAGGACUUAAGAAUCUGCUGAGACAAGAUGAUACUCAAGUGCAACCAAGUAGUACAACCAACCUUGGCCAUGUAUCACAAGGCAUGAACUCUAUGUCCACAUUAGGAGCACAGUCUAGUAAUGCCACUGCUGUAAAUCAUAUCCAGAUGUCAUCCACAAGUCAGUCAUUAAACUCCAAUCAGCCUAUGAUGUCAACCAAUCAGACAGUGAAUACGCCUUCUUUUAGUACAACUCCAACACAGAGUGUUGAUAGCACCCAAUCUAGCAUAGCAACCACUGCAUCUAAUGCACCACAAGUUGCCGUUCCUACUCAAAUAAAGAUUGCUGACAAGGUAUUAACGCUGAGUCUGACACCAGCACAGAAAGAUAAAGUCCAGUCAUAUCUGGACAGGAUGACUCCUGAGCAACAACUUCAGUAUUUACAGACCCAGCAGCAUGUCCUACAGAGAAUCCAGAAACAGCAAGCCUUAAAUGCACAAAUAAAAGCACAGGUUGAGGCACAGAAAAAACAAGCUGCUCUCAAUGGUCAGGGCCAGUUGGCUGCUAUUGCUGCAAGUCAACAGAAAGGUCAAAGCACAGAAUCUACAUCAUCAGAAAGUGCAGCAUUUAAGCCAGAGUUGAAGACUAUACCCAUACCAAACACAAGCAUUGUUACACAACCAACUGAUACUCCUGUUGUCAGGGCAACAAAGAGAUCAUACAUGGAUAUACCAAAAGGAACUUUAAUCAACCAGCAGAUUAGACAGGACCAGAAUCAUGCUUCUAAUCCAGAUACAAAGCGUGUGUUCCGUUCCCGUGGUGAUGCUUGCAGGCGAUUGUUACGAUAUCAUGUGUUUCAGAACUAUGGGCCGAGUAAGGAAGAAUUUGCCAAGUUUGAUAAUUACAUGGAAGAUGUUUCAGAGGAUAUUCUGAAAAAGAAAGACAGGAUGUUUGAGAAGUUCCGUCAACUACUCUUUCAAGAAACCUUGAGGGUGCAACCAUCUUCAGAACUGGUUAUGUUACAAAGGAUGCAGAAUCAAGAUUUACGAAAGACUCUGGAAGAGGAGAAAUUACAGGUCAAAAACAAUCCAGAGUUAUUUAAACCAAUGCCAAUGAAGUUUCUUUGUAAAGAAGAAGCAGACAAAGUUGGCGAUAGUCAAGAUAACGCAACAAGGACAGAAUGUGAUACAAGUUCUGAUACCAGCAUGGAGGAGAAUACACCACAUCUUAAAGUGGAAAUAAAAGAAGAAGUUGUUGAUCCAGAUGAGUGUAGUUCUGAAGCUAGGGCAGCUAAGAUGAGAAAACUUGUGAUAAAAACUGAUGGGAUGAAUUUCAGUAGUUCUUUUAAGAGAAUGAGCAUGGACAGUUCAAGGUCAAGUGUGGAGGAGAAGGGCGAUUACUUUGAGGACAGUGAAAACACAGAUUAUGAUACAGAGCAGAACAUCUCUGAUAUUAAACAUAGUGAAAAUCUCUCAUCAUUAGAGGAUGAUGAGAAUACAAAUGAAUAUUCUCGAGAUAAAUUUAAAAAUAUGUACGAGACUGAGAGAGCGACGCUUAUCAUAUCCUCAGCAGAGGAAUCCCAAGAUACAGAUAUGGAAUCUGAACAUGCCGUGUUUAAUGUGAAUAAGAGUGUGUCCAAGCGUGAGGAUGUUUUUCAAAACAGGAGAAAUUUUGAGUUAGCCAGCGAGUCUAUGUAUUAUAAUAGUGAUAAAUCAAAAGAUACCAAAGACUUUUCUAAUAUUUCUUCUAAACAUUCAAGUGUAGAUGCAGGCAGUAAAACUUACAUUCCAAAACAUAGUGCUUCAUUUUCUAAUGGUAGUGUAGAUAUUGACGAUGAUUCCGAUACGGAAGAUAAAUUUGACAUGUAUCAGCCUAUCACAGAAAGCCUUACAGACAGCGAAGAAAACUCUUAUUAUUCUGCUGAUAAUGGAACUGAUCAAAGAUCAGUGAUGAUCGAUGAUGAUGACGACGAUGAUGAUGACCUUACUCAAGGUCAAUGGAACAAAACAGACGCUCUUAAUGUCAAUGGAGAUUCUGAUCAAGAAUCGGACAAAGUUAAGGCGCAAAUGGAAAGUGCAAUAAAUUCUAUCCUCAGUCUAAGUCAAGGUGCUUCAAACGAUCCAAGAUCCUGUGUAUAAUAAUUAUAGCCAAUCUGAUCAGUUUUACAAUCAUGACAGCCAAUCAAAUUCUUUGUAUAGUGAUUCAAAUGAUCUUCAUGCAGAGAUGGAUUUUCAAACGGACCAAUCACAAAGCAGCAUGGAAGGUAGUAUACCUAGUGCCAGUGGUAACACUGCGGCUGGGGAGUUCAGUGCGGAUUUAGAUGCAGCUGUUAACAGUAUUCUAAUGUAGCAUUAAUGAUUAUGAUUGUUUUUCUACAAUUUUUAUAUUACAUUUGACCCUUUUUUCAUAUCGUGUAAAUAUAAAUCUUAUGAUUUGUACUAUAGAAGGCAAAACAUAUCAAAAUAACAGUGUUGCAGUCUUAAGUAAUUUUUAAAUGAAAUAAUUCUUUUUUCAGUGCACAUUAUUUAAUUAUGUUUCAAUUAUAAAUUCAAUUUUUUUCUAUAUAAAACAGCUAUUUUAAGUUAAUUAUUUCACGUACAAAAAACAAAGACAGAAGUGUGAGUUAAUUCAAUUAACAGAUCCUGUAUGUUGUAAUUUAGGAUGUAACAACAUUUAAGUGAAAUUUUAUAUAUGUAUAUAAUUUUUCUUCUAAAAGAAUUUCCAAAUAGCCAAGAAUAUGUUAAAUAUUUUACUUCAAAUGUUUAUAUGCAUUAGAAGUAGUCAUUAAAUUAUAUGCAUUCAUUUCUUAUUGAAAAAUUUGACUUGGACUUCAUAGGAAAUAAAUUUUUAAUUAUCUCCCUUUAUUUACAUGAAAUGUAACUUCUGUAAUAUCUUUACAAAUAAUGCUUUUGGAACUUACAAUAUUGAUAAAUGUCCAUUUGAGCAUUAUAUUUAUGAUAUAAAACCAUAAAAAAAUUUGAGUGACCGGAUCUUUAAGCGAAUUAUGGUCAGUUGAUGUUUAGCUAGAAAAUUGUUAGCAUGUUGAAACAGCAAGACUGGAAUGACAAAGUUCUAAAAUUCAGAGCAUGGUUCUAUGAUCGGUUUAAGUCUUGUUUCUAGUCGUCAGCAAUUGUUAAGUUUUCACUGUUAACCAGUUAUAUAGACUUGUGGCAAGUAGUGACUGAAGCAUGAAGUUUUUCAUUAUUUAUUUUCAUUUCACUAUAUUUUUUUGUUAAGUUGCUUUAAAUUGUUUUUUGUUGGGUUACUUUUUAAGCAGUCAGAUGAUGUAUUUUAAAAUUGUAGACAUAUCUAUCUGUGUAAAAUAUGCAAUUAUUUACAAUGUUACUAAAAAGUAGAUUUUUUGGCAAUUGUAACAUGGUCAUUCGAUAAUUUUCAAUAGAGUGAUUGACAAAAGUGGAAAUAUCAUAUUGUUAAAUGAAUUGUCAACAUAGAUCCAGUAAAUGAAUAUUGAAUUUGAUAAUUACAUAUUAAUGUUAACUGUUUAAAGUAGUACACCUUAUUUAGUACCAGUCUUAUUCAAAAGUAUUUCAAAAUACUGUCCAGUGAUUCAAGUUGGCCUUUAAGGCACAUGUGGUUACAGAAAUUACAUAUAAUGUGAUGGAAUUAAGAUUGACAAAAUUCAGCUUUACCCCAAAAAAGAAACAUGUUGAAAUGUGUUGAUAACAUCAUUAGAUUGUGACAGAAAACAUGCAUAGCACCACAUGGAUAUUAAUAUUUAUAUAUUUAUUACAUUUUUGAAAUAUUUGUCAGAUUUGAUGGUUUGAAACUGUGUUUAUUUAUUCUGCAUGUGUGACCUGACCUGACAAUAAAUAUCUCGUUAUAGUUAAGUUCAACUGAGCCAUGACAUAAUUUUUUAUUACAUAUGGUAUUGCUUAGCUAUUCUUUUCUUAAUUUUCUGGUUGUAGUUAAAUAUUCAAAGCGGUCUUUGAUAAAAAAAAAAUUUAACCUCAUUAUCAGUAUGAAGUAGUAUUGUUUGAAGAAAUAUUGCCAUUUCUGAAAUACUUCAGUUUUACUUACAUGUUGUUUUUUUUUGCAGUGACAUCACAGAUGCACUUUAACUAGUCUGUGAUUUCUUUGUGCCAUGUAUGCAAUUUAUAUCAAAAUAUUUUCAUAUGUUGAUGCAGUUUCUUUGAAAUUUUUAAUUUAUAGACAUUUAGUCUUGUUCGACUAUCAUCUUGUAGUAGCAAAUAUGACCUGCCAAUGGCGCCAGGGCAAAAAACAAGUUGUUGCACAACUCCCUUCUUACCCUCUCUUAAUUGCCAACCAUAAACAUUUAAUUUCCCUUUCUGCUUUUUUGAAAUCGUUCCUUGACAAUAUUUAUAUCCUCUGUUUUGGGUUGGAAAACAAAAACAGGACCGAAAAUAGAAUUGUGUUAGCCUGCAUAUCUGUGCAUUCUUACCUCACCCUUAAAUAUUUUAGUUACUUUCGCUUUAAGUGUCUUGCAAGAACAUAAUUUGAUAAUAGAAAAAACGAGUGAGCAAAUGAUCUGAAAUCUUGCACCAGUCAUUGGUCUAGACCUUCAUGAAAUAGAACAUUAAUAAAAAAUUAUUCCAGUCCAAUCAUGUCAAAAAAACUCAGUGACGUCCCUUUAGUAUUCAAUUCCUUUACAAUGUUUUUAUAACCAUUUGAACAUAUUUUCCAAAAUGAUGGUGCAUUAAAAAAGAUAUGUAAAUAGAUAUAAUUUCUUAUUUUUAUUAUUUGUGAAUGUUGUUUUGUAUGAGAUGUUGAAACAUGUAUAACAUGUAUUUUCAUCUGCCUUAAUCAGUCAGUUUCAAAUAUUAUUUCUUGUCAAUUUGAAAUAUUCUCAAGUCAUAGUACCAUAGUUACUGUUAAAAAAAAAACAUUUGAGUAAAAGUAACAAUAUCAUUUAUGUUCAUUUUUUUGCUUGCAAGUUUAACUGAAUUACCAUAUAUUUCAAAAGAUUGACGAUAAUAAAUUGUAAUGGUUAUUGACUAAUAAUUGAUAAUAAAAAAUGUUCAAGGUAAAAUAUAAAAACUUCCUAAAAUAUGAAAAGACUGCCCUGCUCUUUUUAUAAAUUGUAUGUGACUGAUAUAAGUCACAUGGGUGAUUUAUUAUACAUGUUUAGUAAAAUAUAAAAUUGCCAACAACUAUGGGCAUAAUAUGAAGUUACUUUGACUUUUACCUGUACAGAUGGGCAUAAUGUCACUUUAAAUUCUAUAAUGUAAUUAAUUUUUUGUUAAAAGAAGAAAAAAACAGAAAAGCAAAUCUAAUAUCUUGCUUCUUGUUAUAUGGUGAACAACAAAUAUCCUUUACAUAUGCAUAGAUAUGAUAAACAAUAAAUACAUUUUACAUUUGUGUAUUAAUUUUGUAUAUGUGAAUCAGCAGCUGGCCUGCCUACUCAAACCUGUUACAUUGUUGAUGCAUGUUGUUUUUUUUUCUGUAAUAGGGCAUUUCUUUCUCUUGAAUACUAGCCAUUGUAUUACAUACUUAAUACUGUCUUGGCAUUAUAAUUAUAAUUUAAAAUUUGCUUACUGUCUUAAAGUAAAUGCCAGAUACCGUCUUACAUCAUUCUAUGCUAACAUACCAUACAUGACAGUAUUAUUAUGAAUAUUAAUGUAAAUCUGAAAAAAUAAGUUCACACGCUUCUUUAAAAUAUAUUUGAUUAUGUUCUACUUUUAAAUUGUGAUUUUCAAGAGAAAGGUAGACAGAAAAUGCAAGACUUCUCAUCAUAACAAGGACCGAUUCUUUUGAAAAUAAAGGAUUCCAUAAAAAAAAAUACCCCCUCCCCACCCAAAUGAAUUCUCAAUCAUAUACAGCAAAAAGGUGUUGUCUUCUGUUAAACAAACUGUAGACAUUAACAAGAUGAUUCAUAAAGUGCCAUUUACUUUGUACAAGUAUUGUUAUAUAUAUAUAUUUGUUUGUAAUGACAUAAAACUGUCAUCAUGUUUUUCUAAUCUACAUUAGAAUAUUGAUUCAUUCUUUUGUAAUUAUUUCAUUACAGAAUCAUGUUUCCAUUUCACAUAUCUUGUAGAAGGUGCCAAGUUUAUUAUCUCCAUUCAUAAUUGGCAUGCUGUGUUUUGCAUUACAACCGAAUUAUGUAAAAUAAUUUGUAAAAAAAUAAAAAGAAAGUAAAAAUGCUAA